GCGGAAAGCUAAAGGGGUUAUCUUGAAGUGAUGAAGCCAUGCCUUCUCGGGACGUGACCUCAACGGCAAUUCAAAUAGCCUCAAGAUAGAAUACAAUACGUUUUGUGUAGUUUGAGUUUCUGUUGUGCAAACACAACUCCCCUGUAAAGCACCACAUUUUACAGCUGUGGUUCUUAUAUCGAUCGCUGCAUACAGAGAUGGCAGAGGCGCAUCAAGCUCGUGUGCAGUCAGUGAUAGAGGAUAUGGUUCAAAAAUUGGAAAGAGACCAUAUUAGAAAAAUGCAAGGUCGCAUGUUCAAAUGCAGUGCAGAAUGUUGUGAGCACUCCACGGACUCGAUGUCACAGGUGCAUCACUGUAUUGACCGCUGUCACACGCCUCUGGCCCAAGCUCAAGGACUGGUCACCUCCGAGCUAGAGAAAUUUCAAGAUCGACUAAGCAGGUGCACUAUGCAUUGCAACGACAAAGCCAAGGACCUGUUUGACUCAGGGGACAAGGAGCCAGCGGUACGAGCACUGAUGGAAAGUUGUGUAGGUAGCUGUGUGGAUGACCAUGUCAACUUAAUUCCUAGCAUGACACGCAGACUCAAAGACAACCUGGACUCUAUACCUCAGUGAGGAGAUGUGCUACAGAUAAUUCACUAAGAAAGGUUGGACCCCAUUCUAUAGUACAAUGAGCAGGGAGGAGUUCAUAGUUUACUUACCUCUAAUGAAGGAGAAGGAAUUAUACUACGAACUAACUCAAUGUAAUGGUGUACACUGCAGUGAAAAUAAGUUACAAUGGAAGAUGUAAUAAAGUUGGAUUUGGGAGGUUGGGUUUCUGCUUCAAAAGAUUAUUCUGAAGGCUUUACAGUGGGGAGAGGGCACUUUCUUCUCAAAUCCUCUGCAACCUGGCCAGUUUAUGUACAAGGCUUGUCCAUUUCAAAUUCUUUGUCUCAGUUACAGUACCAGAGUUUGGAAAUACCUAUUUUGUUGUGGUUUUCAAGCUGACAAGAACAGAUGAAAAACAUAGUAACCCUGCCUGAUAUCUCGUCACUGAACUUUUGGGAUCAAGGUGAAUUACAACACAACUGAACAGUUGUUGAGUGAACUCUUCCUUGUUAAUUGUGCUCUGAAAUCUUUGCUACCUUUGUGUGACUGUUCUUCCCCAUUGACCUCUGAUACUUGUUUUGAUUGCUGUCCACGAGUGUGGAACGAACUUCACCUUGUUUGUGAAUCUGUUAAGCAUGGAAAUUAAAGAACAUUCUUGAAUGG